GAUUCAAAACACGAAUUACAACUGACUACGACAAGUAACUGCAAAUGAAUAAGCCAAUUAACAAUAAUGUAAAUUAAUAUCAUAAUAUUGUUGCAGUAUUCCUUGUUGCUGUGCCAAAUGCUCGUAAUGGACAAUUUUUCUUAGCGGAAACUUUAGGCUAUUGUUCAAGUAAGAUAAAAUAAUUAAAAUAAUAUUUUCCAUCAAUUUAUUAAUUUUGUAUGUGUGCAUUUUAUCCCUGACAGAAUGGGGAUGAAAUUAUAAUCAAAUAGUUUCAUAUGGAAACAGUUCACGGGACCAAACGAUAUUUUGCCGCUCAACGGUCCAAAAUAUUUUUUUAAAAAUGCAUUUGCUUUAAUGGCCGCUGGUAAACACUGAUUGAGUGUGUUUGAGUAAAGCACUAAAAGGAUUCACGCAGCUGAGCUGAGGCAUCACCUCGAUUUUGUGUUUAAUGAGGAGGACUGACAGCCGAGCAGUCCUGACCGAGACACUCACCAUGACCACACCGUUUUCUCCCCCGCUGUACAUGCAGCGAUACCAGUUUGUUAUCGAUUACGUGCAAACCUACCGACCUAGAAAGGUCAUCGAUUUCGGAUGCGCUGAAUGUCGCUUACUGAAAAAACUGAAGUUUCAUCGCAACGGUAUACAGCUACUAGUGGGAGUUGAUAUCAACAGUGUCGUCCUCCUGAAAAGAAUGCAUACAUUGGCUCCACUUGUGAGUGAUUAUCUUCAGCCAAGUGACGGGCCUUUGACCAUUGAGUUGUACCAGGGGUCUGUCACAGAGCGGGAGCCGUGCACCAGAGGAUUUGAUCUUGUGACAUGUGUUGAGCUAAUCGAACAUCUGGAGCUUGAGGAGGUGGAGAGCUUUUCAGAGGUGGUAUUUGGGUACAUGGCACCAGGUGCCGUGAUUGUCAGCACACCCAAUGCAGAAUUCAACCCUCUGCUGCCGGGCCUGAGAGGCUUCAGAGACUGUGAUCACAAAUUCGAAUGGACCAGAGAUGAGUUUCAGACUUGGGCUCACCGAGUUUGUAGAGAAUAUGGUUACUCUGUGCAAUUCACUGGAGUUGGAGAAGCUCUUGGCCACUGGAGAGAUGUGGGAUUCUGCACACAGAUUGGUGUGUUCCAGAGGAAUUUUGAUGGGAUAAAUUGGUCCAUGAGCAAUGCUGAACGCUUGGAACCUUCAGUGUACAAGCUGUUAUAUAAGGUGGUGUAUCCGAGCCUGUGUGAUAACAACAUCUACCAAAAGACUUUGGUUAAUGAGGUUCUGUAUGAGGCACAACACCUAAAACAGGAAUGGAUCAGCAGACUGAACAUGGACUCCAACAACAAUGCACAUUUCUAUGGUCCUCCAUUUAUGGAAGCUUUGCAGCAUGGGGAUGCAUGCGAGUUGCAGCCUGUCUACCAGCAGGCCGGCAGCAUUUGCGUACCCUUGAUGCGUGUGUGGUUCAGCCCCAGAGUGAGAGCACUGUGUGGGAGUGUGCAGCGUCUCAGGGAGGAACUGCGGGAGGAUGAGAGGGUGAGGAUGAGCGCCGAUGGAAUGGUGGUAAACCUGCCUGCCGAUGAUGAGGAAGAGGUGGAGGAAGAAAAAGAAGAAGAGGAGGAUAUGAAAACAGAAUCAAGUGUAUCAAAAAGUGUGGAAGAGGACUGGGAUAGGGAGCUUGGGGGUUACGGAGGUGUAUAACAGAUCCGGAAAGCUCUGUAACCAAAAUAUAAAAAAAGAAAGCUGCACUUUACAAGGUGUUUGUUCGUUUUUGACCAUAUUGUGUAGGCUCGUCUGAAGGACAUAUUUAGAUAAUAUGCCCAAAUCUGUGAUCAACUGGAAAUGUUCUUGAGAAGACAACCAAUAAACGUCAUUAAAAAUGCAAAUAUGUGA